ACUUUAUAACUAGCACGUUUACCCGCGUCUUCCCGCGGGUUCUAUUGUCACAGGGAAACUGUGAGUGAAAGCUGUGCGUGCCAAGGAACACGUUAGUAAGGAGAUAAACAUCAGGAAAGAUGGCUUGCCAAGUCCCAGAAAACCACCCACUUGGCAAGCUAGUAUCAUCAUUCGACUAUGAUGGAAGCACUUGUAAUUAUUUCGAUCUGACAAAGUUGGGUGACACCAGAUUGGAGGCUCUACCAUUUUCUGUAAGAGUUCUGCUGGAGUCUGCGGUCAGGAACUGUGAUAAUUUCCAAAUAUCAACUAAAGAUGUAGAAACUCUGCUAAACUGGAAGGAAACACAGUCAAAAUCUGUUGAGUUCCCUUUCAGACCAGCAAGAACAAUUCUGCAGGAUUUCACGGGUGUGCCUGCAGUUGUUGAUUUUGCUGCUAUGAGGGAUGCAGUAAAGCGGCUCGGUGGUGACCCAGCCAACAUUAAUCCAAUCUCACCUGCAGAUUUGGUCAUUGAUCACUCUGUCCAAGCGGACUUUUCGCGCAGUCCGGAAGCCUUAGAGAAGAACCAGAAGCUAGAAUUCGAGAGAAAUAAGGAACGGUUUCAGUUUUUGAAGUGGGGGUCUAAAGCAUUCAAGAAUCUUCAGAUCGUACCCCCCGGCUCUGGAAUUGUCCACCAGAAGCUGGAGGGCUUAGAAAGGACCAGGGUCAAUCUGGAAUUUUUAGCCAGAGUCGUUUUCGAAGUUGAUUCAGUGGUUUAUCCAGACAGCUUAGUUGGGACAGAUUCGCACACGACCAUGAUAAAUGGUUUAGGUGUUUUAGGAUGGGGUGUUGGUGGUAUUGAAGCGGAGGCCGUGAUGCUUGGCCAGGCGAUCAGUAUGGUUGUGCCUGAGGUCGUUGGAUACAAGAUAACGGGUCACGUGGGCAGGUUCAUCACUUCAACGGAUGUUGUGUUGACCAUCACAAAGCAUCUUCGACAAAUUGGUGUGGUGGGAAAAUUUGUUGAAUUUUUCGGUCCGGGUGUCUCACAACUUUCAAUAGCUGACCGGGCUACUAUUUCAAACAUGUGCCCGGAAUACGGUGCAACUGUUGGUUUUUUCCCGGUCGAUGAAAUGACCCUUCUGUAUUUGAAGCAAACAGGUCGAGAUGAGAAGAAAUUAGAACUGAUUGAAGCGUACCUCAAGCGUAAUAAACUUUUUAGAGAUUACAAUAAUCCUGAACAAGAUCCGAUCUUUUCUCAAAUUGUUGAGUUAGAUUUAGCAACAGUCGUCUCGUCAUGUUCUGGCCCAAAAAGACCACAUGAUCGAGUAGCAGUCUCGGAAAUGAAGACCGACUUUGAAUAUUGCCUGAGCAACAAAAUCGGAUUCAAAGGUUACGGAUUAAAACCUGAGAAAAUCAGUGCAACGGUUUCUUUGGAUUACGAAGGAGAGAAUUACACCCUUUCGCAUGGCUCUGUUGUGAUUGCUGCUAUUACAAGCUGUACCAAUACGAGCAACCCUUCUGUUAUGCUUGGCGCUGGUUUGCUUGCCAAGAAGGCAGUUGAGUUAGGCCUAACGACAAAACCGUACAUCAAAACAAGCUUGAGUCCUGGGUCUGGUGUCGUCACCUACUACUUGGAGGAGAGCGGAGUCAAGCAGUACCUUGAAAAACUUGGAUUCGAUAUAGUUGGUUAUGGGUGUAUGACUUGUAUUGGCAACAGCGGACCAUUGCCGGAACCUGUUGCAGAAGCGAUCGAAAGGGGGGAUCUAGUGGCUGUUGGUAUUCUAUCUGGCAAUCGAAAUUUCGAAGGAAGGAUUCACCCGUUGACACGUGCUAAUUAUCUUGCAUCACCGCUCCUUGUGAUAGGCUAUGCUCUUGCUGGAACUGUAAACAUUGAUUUUGAAACAGAACCUAUAGGUACAUCAAAAGAUGGUAAACCUGUUUAUUUAAGGGAUGUUUGGCCAACCAGAGAAGAACUUUUGGAAACUGAGAGGAAAUUUGUAAUCCCAGCAAUGUUUAAAGAGGUUUAUUCCAAAGUUAAGGAUGGGAAUCCGUCUUGGAAUUCACUAGAUGCUUCAGAUUCGCUGUUGUAUCCUUGGGAUGAGAAAUCAACUUAUAUCAAGUCGCCGCCAUUUUUCGAUGAUAUGAUUAAGGAGGUUCCACCACUUCGAGGUAUUGAAAACGCCAGGGUUUUGCUGAACUUCGGCGACUCUGUAACCACCGACCACAUCUCCCCGGCUGGUAGCAUUUCUAGGAACAGUCCUGCAGCAAGAUACCUUGGAUCACGGGGCUUAACACCAAGAGAGUUCAAUUCGUACGGGUCUCGCAGAGGAAAUGACGCGGUAAUGGCACGUGGUACGUUUGCUAAUAUCCGAUUGGUUAACAAAUUUCUAGACAAAGCUGGACCUAGAACGAGGCAUUGGCCGUCAGGAGACAUGAUGGAUAUAUUCGAUGCCUCGCAGAGGUACCUACAAGAAGGAAAGCCCAUGGUUGUUUUGGCGGGAAAAGAGUAUGGGUCUGGAUCGUCACGUGACUGGGCUGCCAAGGGGCCUUGGAUGCUGGGUAUCAAAGCAGUGAUUGCUGAAAGCUUUGAGCGAAUUCACCGUAGCAAUUUGGUUGGCAUGGGAAUAAUACCACUGCAGUAUUUACCGGAACAGAAUGCUGAAACUUUAGGCCUAACCGGGAAGGAGAUGUUUUCAAUUGAAAUAAACCCGGAUUUGAAACCUGGACAAAAUGUCCUGGUUAAGCUGGACGAUGGCCGAUCAUUUGAAGCCAAAUGCAGAUUUGACACCGAUCUUGAGCUGAUGUACUUUCAACAUGGCGGCAUUCUUAACUACAUGAUUCGCAAAAUGCUUCAAUAGAUACUGAAUAAUUAGCAUAAGAUAAUGGAAUAAAUUGUCAUAUUUAAUAUUAUUGUAUAUCGUUUCCUUACAGUUGU